AGGGCUUUCUACAACAUGCCCGCAUGACCCCUUGUAGAAUAGGGUUUCUUUUUGUGAAAAGUUGAAUUUGGCGGCUUCUUUUACAUCAAGCUCUAUCAGCGCGAAAAAGGUACCAUUCCUAUUCCUCCCAAAUUCGCACACAUCGAUCCAUCAACCAAAAUCCACACGAAACCCUAAUCAUCUAAGCCCAAAUUUCGCGAGUUUGGUUCAUCUCUGUUCUCUGAACUUUCACCGAUUUUCCAGAACCUACUAUCCGCCAUUAAAGCUCCUGAGGCAUGCAGAAAGCAGAUUUGAGACUUGCUCGCAAACAACUUGAAAUUCGAGAUAAAAAAAUGUAGCUAAACAAUAUUCAGACCCAAAUUUUUCAUCCAUGACCUUGCCUCCUACUGGCCACAAUUUACUCACAUUACCAGUGCAGCUGCUCAUGAUAUUAUGCUGUUUACGGUCUCCAAGUGUACUGGACAUGCUGGAUCACGCAUUGGAUCUAGGAGCCCUGGGAAACUAUCCUAGUUCUCCCUUUUUGCCUUCUGAUUCAGAUAUUUUACUUGAUUCACCUGAGCAAGAGGAUAUAGAAGACUUCGUUGCUUCUUUGCGUUUCUUAGAGCCUUCUGAUCCAUGCCUUCCUUUUAUGUGCACAACGCUUGAGAUUCGUGCUAUACUUUUAGAUCCUUCGUGCUCUGGAUCGGGGAUUGCUAUAGAGAUACUGGAUCAUCUCCUCCCAUCUUAUAGCACAGCUGCUUGGAGUCUUGCCUUGAAUGCUUUGGAGGGAAAGUUUUUGCAAUCUGAGCGUGAUGGGAAAUGCCUUGGUUGUGUUGGUAUUGAAAAUUUUCUAAUCCUUGUACAGAUGGUUACAAUGAAGGGAACUUUGUAAUCUUUAAUGAAUAUAAAAUAAAUUUGGGAUCUAUUUGUUUGUGAUUAGUGGGAUGUAGAUGUAAAUUUUCAUUUUUAUCUGACUUGAACUCUUUUUCAUCUUGUAUCAUAUUAUUUGUAUAAGGCUUGGUGUGGAUAUAUAUACCUUUGGGUGGAUUUAUUGUUGUGUUUAGUUGUACUGA